AUGCCUUCCAAGGGUGUAAGAUGUUUCACCUACAUCGCGGUGGAUGGAGUCGAGGUUGAGUACACGGUACCAAGGGGCAAUGUCAAAAGAGGCGACCAACACCAGUUCCUCCACGAUCAUCUCGAAGUAGAGUCAUCCAACUUGCCCCAUUUCAAGUUCACCGGCAACUUCGAAUUCAUCGUUCGCCAGGAUGGCCGCGAGCUCACAAAACAAUGGGUUGCAAUCAACAGCAUGACAGGCAAGUUAGAAGACGGAUCAAUGGUCAACAUGGAACAAACACCCAGCAUCUUCGCCAAUGACCUUGUCAUUUCUUACGGAUUCUACGACGCCGGACCAGGUCUCGCCGAGCUACCAAAGCAACACCAAUGCUACGUGACCGUCACAAAGAACUACGAGAACUGGAUGCGCGACAUCAUACCCCAAGGCUCAGACAAGUCCAACCGCCCCUUCCACAAAAUGGUCCUCCCCUCCGCCCACGACAUCGGUAUGAACAACAUGUCGAGCAGUCUCUCCCUCCUCAAAAACGCCGGCACAGGCAUCAUCAAAGAAGUCCUCGGCCGCAGUCUUCCCCACGCCCUCACCAUCAUCAACAAAGUCGGCGACGGCGCCAUAAACCGGAUCGCACCAGACAUCAUCCGCGCACUAGCCAUAACCCAGAAAGACACGCUCGACACUAUCCUCAAGAUCGGGGCGCGCUACUUCGAGUUCCGCCCCGCGAAAUGCCACCGUCAGAUGCAAAAAGUCAGUCCCUUGGAUGAUACCUGGUAUUUCCAACAUGGCGCCAUACCAGGGAUGCCGUAUCGCGUGCUACUCGAUCACAUCACGCGGUUUCUAGUCGACCAUAAAGACGAAAUCAUUGUUGUGCACAACCGAUGGGAUGGCGUGCCAGGCGACUGUCCCCGGCCUAACGACGACGAACUACGAGAUGCGCUCAACGAUAUCCUGCGCGAUAAAGAUCUUAAAGCGGGGAACCAGGACGACAUGAUGCACAAAACCAUCCACGACCUCCGCGAGUCAAAUACCCGCCUUAUCAUCCUGAAAGACUGCGGCCAAGCUUCAAACUACGACGACGCUGCAAAUGCUACUCUGACUGGUGACUCCAUGGUCGAGAAACUGUCUUCCAUGUGUGAAGAUCCGCCUAGAGGCCACCCUAUUACGUUAUUGCAGUGCCAGGCCACGGCAACGAACAUUAGGGAUGUGAUUAUUGCUAGUGUGCUUGAUUCGGAUGUUAGUACCAGUCCGAUAUUAGCCACGAAACCGGUGUGUGAUCAUAAGAUCUUACCGUUGUUGAAGGGGGAUGUGGGGAGGAAGUUGAUGAGGGAGGAGGGGGUGGUGGUGAUUCUUAAUGAUUUCUUUGAUGGGGCGACGGCGGAUGUGGCGGUGGGGUUGUGUAGGGAGAGGUUGGGGUAG